CGAGCUUGAUCGGGCUUUUUUUUUUAAAAAUAAAAACUCGAGGGUUUCGGCUCCUUUUAAAUGAAAUUAAAUCACCUAAUCCACCGUUCUCAAUACUCUUUCUCUUGUCGUCAACUCGUCGGUUCCCUCAGUCGACUAAUAUCGGAUAUCCGUCUCGUGGGUCGAGUUAGGAACCCAAAUCCCGGACUUUUUCGGUCCAGCCCUACUGUCGAGUGUCGACGACGACGGCCAGGUGCCUGCCCCUCUCUCUAUCGUCGUCGGUUUUCCCAUCGGCAAGUCUCUCUCUUCUUCGUCUUCUCCUGCCUCCGUCGAUCUCUGCUUCUGUCUUUACAAUUGCUUCCGCCGCGUUCGAUUGAUCUCAGACUUUGAGUCUAGUGUCUGUUUUUGCGGUGUCGAUUGAAUCUGAGAUUACGAUUCAACAAUCCCUUUCCGAGGUGCACCAUAUUUAUGCAUGAAAAAUGCACUCAGUUAGGUCUCCAGUAGCUUCGGGAGUGGAAAACUCUAUUGUUGUCGAGACAAAAUUAUAUGAAUGAAACAUUGUAACCAAAUCGAACCAAAUUUGAUUUGAUUGCAAUUUUAAUUAAACAUAGCUGGACCGUAUUUUCUUAAUUAAAUCCCGAAAAUAAUUGAAUCCAAAUUAGCAGUAAGCAAAUAAACCGAAUCGAACCCUACCCGUUGGAAGUCGUGAAGGCUUUAGCUUCCAAGUCCCGUGCUGGCUGAGUCCAUAUCAGAUCUAUCUUCCCAGAAAUUCAUCCGGUGUUUGUAGUCAUCGCUCAACAGCUGCGUCCUACCCGAUACCGAUGUGAAGAUGGGGGACGUUACUCAGUGACUGAUUGGCUGUUCAAUUGAAGCAUCGAAGAUGGUUUAGAAUCGGAAUCCAGCGACACCCAGAAGGAGAAUCGUGUUGACUCACUCCACAAUGGCCGGUAAUGGCGAUCGCGUGAGUCUAGCCCGCACGUUCAAGUACCUUCUAGCUACGCAGUUCUUGUCCAGAGGGAUUCCUUUCAUAUUCAAUUCGUGGAUCGUCAGGCAUCUCACGGAAGAGGAUUAUGCGCUCUAUGCAGUGCAGUUCCAUCUUUUUGUCACUUGUGUCUUGUUUCUCAGCCGGGAGGGAUUCCGGCGAGCUUGCAUGCGAGCUGACAUCGACAGUGAUGGCCGCUUCUCGGAAAAAGAUGCGACUAAGCUAUUGAAAGUAGCGUGGAUGACACUUCCGCUCGGAGUAGCCAUUACUAUUGCGGCAAGCUUUUUCGUUUUGUGGUGGCAGGACCUUACUUAUUCCAACACUUAUGCACAAGCUAUCUUAAUUCACGGAUUCGCUUGUAUCCUGGAGCUAAUGGCCGAACCAUUGUACAUCCUCUCUCAGAAAUUGCUGCUUCUAAAAUUGCGACUGGUUGUCGAGACUGUUGCUACUUUUUCACGCUGUCUAAUUUUGUGCUUUCUCAUAGUGAAGCAAACCAACAUGGAAAAAGGGAUAAUCUUUGCGUUAUCACAAAUUGCAUACGGGGGUUCAUUGUUUCUCGGUUACUGGGCAUAUUUCCUUAUCCUUGGCGUUUUCAGAAGUUCGGAUCUCUUCCCUUUCAGACCCGGAAACUUGAUGGAUUACGAUAAGAAGCUCUCCGACAUGUGUAUGCUAUUUACAUUUCAGUCAUUCCGAAAGUUGAUCCUCCAAGAAGGAGAAAAGUUGGUACUCGUAUGGUUAGACACACCUUACAAUCAGGCUGUGUAUGGGCUCGUUGACAAACUCGGAAGCUUAGUUGUACGGAUGGUGUUUCUUCCCUUUGAAGAAAGUUCAUAUGCUACAUUUGCAAGCUUUGCAUCAGGGGAAAACGAGCAAAAAAGCAAGAAACUAGAAAUUUGCCUAACCGAGGCCUUGAAGCUUGUAUUAUUGAUAGGUCUUGUGUUUAUGGCAUUUGGCCCGAGCUAUUCGUACUCUCUCAUCAGAUUGUUGUAUGGUCAAAAAUGGAGCGAUGGAGAAGCUUCCCCGGCCCUUCAGUUCUACUGUCUCUACAUUAUCGUUCUUGCCAUGAACGGGACCUCGGAAGCAUUUUUACAUGCAGUUGGAUCGGAGAAUCAACUCAAACGCUCAAAUGACAUGCUGCUCGUAUUUUCGUUGAUAUACAUCGGAUUAAAUGUGGUUCUAAUAAGGUUUGCUGGGGCAUUAGGUCUAAUCCUGGCAAACUCUCUGAAUAUGAUUUUAAGAAUCAUCUAUUCUGCAUUGUUCAUCCGGCGUUAUUUCCAGGGCACUUCUUCGUUUUCGUUCCAGAAAUGCUUUCCCUCGGGUUGGCCCAUUCUGAUCAUUUCGGGCAUAGUAACUCUCUUCUCCGAGAAAAUAUUUCUUGACAAGACGAAUUUCUGGGAAACUUUUCCUCUCCAUUUCGCCAUCGGUUUUGUGUGCUUCUGCAUCUCAGCCAUUAUCAUAUAUCGACGGGAGAGGCUGUUCAUCAACAGGAUCAUUCGUUUCCGGGAUCACAUUGACUGAAGAACUAAGAAACCGGUUUACUCAUCGAAUUUCCGGUAUGGUUAAAUGUUUUGGAACUCGAAGACCUGUUCCGGGGGGGUGACAUACAAUCGUUAUGGUUGAGGUUACAGGGUUACUUGUGGAGGAACCAAGAAACGUGAGCUUUUGUAUAUACCGAACCGGUUUUCUGGUUUAUUGGAUUACCUGACCACUGAUUA